AUCCCAUCCAAAUGAGGGGAGGAGAGCAGCCAGGACGAUGGCCAAGGACAUCUUGGGGUGGAUGGAUAGAUCUUCAGGCAAAGGCAUGAAGGCUCUGACCAGCCUUGAAGACUGACAAGUUAUUAACUGAAGAGCUCCUAGGAGUGUGGCAGCAUGGCCACCGUGGGGUAGGAGAUGCCAUGCACGCCGGGGACAUGGUGAGGGCCAGGAGCUCCCAGCGAGGGUGUCAGCUGUGAAAAAAACAUGAAUCUUAACGUCUGGAAUAUCAAGGAGAUGUUGAGCACGCCGACAGCCACCGGGCCUAAUAAGUUUUCUUCAAUCCGGAGCAGCGCUCCUAGCGACUACUCGAGUUUGAGCGAUUCUCAGUUGCUCUUCGGCUCCCAGUUCUGCCCGGAGAACGUACAGUUGGCAGCGGCGCCGCUGGAGCUGGGCACGCAGCUGGGACAGCACAACUCCCAGGACAGCGAGCCCAGUAUUUUUACCAAAUACCAGACAAAACCACAGUUAUUUGAUGAAGAAACAAAAGAAAAAGGUUCGCUUAAUUUUGGUGCUGGAAGAGUGAAAAGUGUCUUUGAAAAUUUCGAAGUAAAUAAGAACAAAAUAAAGGACAAAUAUGACCGUGAGGUUUUAAGCACCUUUAUUUCCAGUAUCAAAGACAGGCUUCAAGGGCUGCAUGCAUGCUUGGACAAGUUUGGAGAAAUGUUUGAUUCAAGAAACAAAUCCAUUUUGGUUCACCUGGAAACCAUUUCCAAGACACUGCAAGAUGCUCUUCAAAGUCACUGUGGCUCGGUGCUGAAAGCUCUGACAGAUAAAAGCCAAAUGGAGCAGGCGCUGCUGGAGAUGGAGAGGAAACUUGCAGUCAAAGAUGUGGAGAUUUUGGAUGUGAAAUCCAGUGUCCAGUCGCUGAAGGAGGGUCUGGAGUCGCUGCCAGCUCAGCUGAAGGAUCAGCACCUGAAGCUGUGUGAAGAACUAGGCUUCCUGAAGCUUCCUAACACCUUAGCAGAGCUGCACACAUUCAUUUCUAGUGCCAGACUCCCCCCUCACAUGGCAGAUAACUCUUCCCAGACCUCCCCUGGCCCAUGCCAGGACCGUGCUCCGGGCAAGGAGAAGGCAUGCUGGCCAUGCUGCCAAGGCAGGGGGGUUUGCGGCUCCUCGGGUCAGUCUCAGCCCCCCUGCAUGGCAGCGGGGGAGCAGCAGGUAGACUCCCCCAUGAGGAACCAGGUCACUGGGGGUGGUGCACCUCAGGGUGACCCAAACACAGCUUUGGGAGGGAACGUCGGCCCCAUUGCUACAGCAGGGUGUAGCAGAGAAAACACCUCUUUGCAGGAGGUGAAAGAUGGUUUGGAAACGCAGAGCUGUUUCAACCAUCCUUGCGUGUGCUGCGCUAACAGUCACUUUUUGGGGGAUAGUCAGAAGAAACACAGCCCUGUACCACAGGAGGUGCCUCUACCAACUCCACUGAGGAAGGCGGUCAGGAGAGGCACCAGAGGAUUUGAAGCCGUGACAAGGUCACAACUGAGGCAGCCUCAAGUUUGUCACCUUUCUGUAAGAAAAGAUAUGCCUGGGCGAAGAGACAGUAGCUGGGCUGCAGACCGUGAGGUGGAGAAUGCAGCUGUAGGGAACAAAGCAAAGCAGAGGCCGGGAAGGAUCCCCUGGAAUAAAGCAAUGGGGAGGAAGAAACCGUGCCCCGCUGUGAGAAAAGGCGAGCUCUCUCGUUGUGCUGAUGGUGGGCUGAAGCAAAGGAAGGCAAAUGGGAUGAUUGAGUUGGAAAGCUCCAGAAAAAAUUGCUUUCCCAAACACAUGGUUGCUCUCAAUUUAGGAAGCUGUAACCCAGUUUCUGCAGCUCCCCAGCAGCAGGUCCUCAGCAGCGCUCAGACGAGGCUUACAAAGAGUUUCCCACCAGUGCCGUGCUCCAAUAAAAGCCUGCAACAGCUUGCAGACAAAAGAAAGAGAAGUUUAGAAAUUAAAAAAAGAGUGAAUUUUUCCAGCAUAAAAAGGAAUCUCUGGGAUUCCUCUCCCCAGGACAAUAUAUUUUCCCUCUGUAGCACAACAGGUGAAAACCAGAUGAGCUGCUUCAGUCUCCGAAGCCCUGCAGGCUCCAAGAAACCACGUCCUGUCAAUACACUGGCUCAGCAGAAUACGGCCUGUUGCUCUUUAGUUUUUGAUAGCGAUUAUUCCGAUUAAGGGGUUUUGUUCCAUGGUUGGAGUCCUCAGCGCAGGCUUGGCCCUCUCAGUCACGGUUUAUUCCUCGAGGUGUGUUACCGACCUAGCCAGAGACGAGGCUCGUGCCCGGACGCUUGAAAGUGUUAUUGCCCGCUUUGAUAUGUUGUACGGGACUGCGUGGGACCUGAGGGGAAGCCCUACCGCCGUAGCGUGGAAAGCCGAUGGGAUCUCUAUUACUUUACCACCCUGCUCCCAGCAGAGACGCCAUGGGCUCCAAUUACCGUCUUAUUUACGCAGCGUAGAAGUACCUGCAGAGCCCGCCGAGACGUUCACCGGGGAGGAGAGGGCUGGCAGAGCACAGAGGCGCAGCUCAAUCAGAUUUAGCACCGAGAUCUACUUGACUUUUCAAUGAGACAGGUGUAAUAAUAUCUCUGUGGCCAGAGGCUUUACUCUGUCUCUCGCUCGUAGUCUCUGUGUUGGUUUUGUACGUCUAAAAGUUCUGGUUUUUAGCUCCCUGGGCAGUAGUAGUGUUGUUCGGUUUGAUUUUGGUAAGGUUCAGGUUUGUCCCAGGAGCUGUUUGUGAGCUUUGGACAAGGGACAAGUUUGGCUGAGGAAAGCAGAGUCCCAACAUCUCAGGUUUAUGGACUGUUGUGUUUCUUCUCCUUUUAGGCUGAAAUUUCUUGGUUUCAGAAAAUUCAGGAAAUUUAGUUUCUACUUUAUUUGUCUCUCAUAUCUCUUGGCUAACCAAGCAAUUCUCCAACACGCUUUUCAAGGGCAGCGGUUCUCAAAGAGAAGCUGAAAGAUGUGACGUUCAAAUUCAGCCAAUGAAAUCACCGAUGGAUAUUUCUCAUCCUUUAGAAACCUGCGCCUCUCUGGUGAGGAGGCGCUCCAAAAUUUUCAAUUCAGAAAGGACCAGCCCUCUCACCUAAAUCUGGUGUUAUACAGCAGCCCCAAUUCCCACAGAGCAACUCUUUCCAGGGUACCCAGCUCUG